AUGGCCGCAGGUCACAUUGCCAUGCGGCACGGGUUCCAGGGCCCCAACCACGCCGCGACCACCGCAUGCACGACGGGCGCGCACUCCAUCGGCGAUGCCUCCCGCUUCAUCGCACUUGGGGACGCCGAUGUCAUGGUAGCCGGGGGGUCCGAGUCUUGCAUCCAUCCGCUCACCUUUGCCGGCUUCGGUCGUGCGCGGUCGCUGUCGACAGCGUUCAACGACAACCCAGCCGGCAGCUGUCGCCCGUUCGAUGCUGGCCGCAGCGGCUUCGUCGUUUCCGAAGGCGCCGCCGUCUGUGUUCUUGAGGAGCUUGAGCACGCCAAGGCAAGAGGCGCGAGGAUCUACGCCGAGGUGCGAGGGUACGGCUGCAGCGGCGACGCCUACCACAUGACGGCGCCGAGGGAAGACGGCAACGGCGCAUACCUCGCCAUGAGGCGGGCGCUGAAGAGUGCUCAGAUCCGGCCGUCGCAGGUGGACUACAUUAACGCGCACGCCACCGGGACGCAGGUGGGAGACGUCGCCGAGGCCGCGGCCAUCCGUCGUCUCAUGCUAGGCGAUGGGGGCGUCUCAUCAGAGGCGCAGGUCACGGUGAGCAGCACCAAGGGGGCCAUAGGGCAUCUACUUGGUGCUGCGGGGGCCAUUGAAGCGCUCUUUUGCAUCUUGGGAAUUGUACCGGCUACGCUCAACCUCGAAAGGCCAGACGUUGGUAUUGACUUUAACUUUGUGCCCCUAGAAGCACAGCAGAAGAAAGUCGAUGUGGCUGUCACCAACAGCUUUGGUUUUGGAGGCACGAAUAGCACUAGAAUCGCAAAUUUGACACGAAGCCUGGAUUGGUUGAGAGCCCAGGUUCGAACAUUGGAUGUCCAUGAUGAAGUCGCUGGUGACGCCACGGCCAAUGGGUGGGUGCCAGAAGGACGUAACGCUAACGGCCGGUAUAAAGCCCGCCAGCCGACAUUCUGCCGACCUGCAGUGGACCCGGCCGGCGAAACAGGACCCUUCCAAUCCACCAGCGCACCCACCCGCCGUUGCCAGCUGCAAGUCGAGGUGUCAUGCGCGCUGAGCGGCAGCUGCAGGCGUGACGCCCUAGAAAAAAAGUCGCCCGCCCGUCGCGGGACCCCGAACCAUCCAGACACACAAGCGGCCCCCUUUCGUCCACCGUCGCCCUCCCGCACCACAUCGCGCACCAUGACGACCUGCGAGACCUGCCGGCUGCAGGCGCGGAUGCUCGUCCGGUCCGCCGUCCGCGCGGGCGCGCCCCGAGCUCCCGCGAGGACCAUGGCGCCGGCGACCGCUCAGAGCCUGCCCCGAGCAGCGACGACAGCGACAACGACACAGACGAGAGCGAGCAGUAGCAGCAGCAGAACGACGCCGUCGCUCAUGGCGACGAUACAAGUCCCCGCGCGGUUGUUCAGCAGCACCGGCGCGCGCCGGAUCUUGGGCAUGGGUGGCCUGGCAGAGUCGUACCGCGUGCUGGGCGCCUCGGAGCGGCUGUACAAGUCGUGCUCCAAGGCGGCCGACUACCACAUCACCGAGGAGGAGCGCAAGAACGACCAGGUCGAGAAGCUCGAGGACGGUGAGGAGCUGGGCCACCCCGUCGAUGCGGACAAUGUGUGGCACAAGAGUCUCCAGCCCAGCUUCAGCACGUGGUCGCACGUCACGAUGCUGCAGCUCUACCUCAUCAACGCGCGGCUGCGGAUGCUGGACCGCGACGCCUACCGCAACUGGCAGCAGCAGCUGGUGGACCACUUCUUCUUCGAGUGCGAGAAGAAGAUGCACCUCGACCACGGCAUCACGUCGGCGGCGCUGCGCCAGCGCUACCUCAAGGACAUCUUCGUGCAGUGGCGCGGCCUGCUGCUCGCCUACGACGAGGGCCUCAUCAAGGGCGACGCCGUCCUCGCCAGCGCCGUCUGGCGCAACCUCUUCAAGGGCGACCCGGCAGCCGAUCCCCGCGCCCUGCUCGCCAUCGUCGGCUGGAUGCGCUCCAGUCUUGCCGCCCUCGAGGCCGCGUCCGACAUGACGUUUGUCCAGCGCGCGCAGGAUAUUCUUUCCAAGCCCGUCGACGUGUUCUGGACGAGGCUCGAGGAGCCGUUUAAGCGCGCCGGCGCCGGCGCGGCGGAGCAGGGUGAAGCAGGGCAGCACCAGCAACAGCAGUCAGACCCUGCGGGCUCUCCCGCCGCAUAG